AGGCAUGUGUGGAAUGCAAAUGGCAUCCAUUUCCAUUUGGAGUUGCAGUUGCAGUUACAAUGGAUGGAGGUGUAGCGUCGAUGAUGGAGGUGCGAGACAGGUGGCAGUGACGGUUUCAGCUUCAGGAUCUUAUUCUCAUCAACAGAUUACGAGAAGGUCCAUGGCGGUUCUGAUUUCAUCCUUGCCUUUCAUGACUUCCGUUUUGCUCUCCGAUUCGCCAGCACUUGCCAGGGAGAGGCGCAACAAGAAGAACAUCCCUCUUGACCAAUACAUUACUACUCAGGAUGGAUUGAAAUACUAUGAUUUGGUGGAAGGGAAAGGUCCAGUGGCUGAAAAGGGAUCAACCGUUCAGGUACAUUUUGAUUGCUUAUAUCGCGGAAUUACCGCGGUAUCAAGCCGAGAAUCUAAACUUCUUGCUGGAAAUCGUAUCAUUGCUCAGCCAUACGAAUUUAAGGUGGGAGCUCCACCAGGGAAGGAAAGGAAGCGGGAAUUUGUAGACAACCCGAACGGUCUAUUCUCUGCACAAGCAGCACCAAAACCUCCACCGGCUAUGUACACUAUUGUUGAAGGAAUGCGUGUUGGUGGAAAGCGAACUGUGAUUGUUCCUGCAGAGAGUGGGUAUGGUCAAAGGGGAAUGAAUGAGAUUCCGCCUGGAGCUACAUUUGAAUUAAAUGUUGAGCUUUUGCAAAUUGUAGAUACCUGAAGACCAACAACUUUUUCGUUUAGUACUUCUCAUGCCUAUUCCUUCUCAGUUAUUACCUUAUUUCUUGGAAUAGGGACGAGAAACCCUAUGUCCAUUUUUAUUGUGAGAUUGAUGUACUUCUCUUUAGCUUUGCCUGCAAUUUUAACGUGAACUUAUUUUUAGUAACACUUUCACAUGCUGCUGCAAAAUUA